UGAACAUAAUGCCGGCUGGACGGUUGUUCAUUCUAUUUCUUCUGAACACAAUUAUAAAUAUACAUUUAAGCAUUUCUUUUCAAUUAUUAAACCAGUUAAUGGAGAUGAAAGUCAGCCAGAAAUGUAAAGCUGUGCAGCCUACGACAGAAUGCAGUCUCAAAAAGGAACAUAUAAAGUUUGACAACUUCCAGUCUGAUGAAGAAAUAGAAAGAAUAAAAAGGAAAAGAAUUCCUUUUGGUCGAUGUGGGGAGAAAUUCUCCCAAGGGGGCAUUUUUCCUGCUAACUGCACAUUUAGAGCUGAUUGUUGUUCGGCGAGGGGUUGGUGUGCUAAAGGUCCUGAAUCCUGCCUCUGUCCUAAGUGUGUUUACUAUGAAUGGGAGGAAGCGAGAGCCCAUCUUCCUGGAAAUCCAGUUGUACAGCAUACUGAAGAGGAGCAGGGUGAAGAACUCCUAUAUGAUUACACACAAUACAAAUUAGAACCUAGGAUAAGUUGUAAAGAGCAUAUUGUAAUUGUUGUUUUCUCUACUAUAAAUAACUUCAGAAAUAGACAGAUAAUUCGAGAGACUUGGGGUGGUAAAAGUUACUUAAGUAAGUUCAACGCUAGUUUAAUGUUUGUAGUUGGAUCCUAUCCUGAUAAAAAUACACAGGAUAUGCUUCUUCAAGAGUCUUUUAGGUAUGAGGAUAUCCUACAAGGUUUCGUAAAAGAAGAAUAUAAUUUACUCAGCUGGAAAUCUAUCAGUUGGAUUCAUUGGACCAGAGCAAACUGUGCAAAGGUUCCAUGGUUGGUUAAAUCUGAUGAUGAUAUGGUGAAUAAUAUUGAGAUGCUAGCGGAGUAUAUCAACAAAACCGACAACCUGGAGAUGAAGAUUCAUUGUAAAUUAAAUAGCAACCAUGUUUACAGAGCUGGACAGAAAACAACUAAAUGGGAUGUAUCUAUUGAAGAAUACAGGUUUGCUGAAUACCCCCCUAGCUGCUGGGGAGCUCUGUACUUCUUCAAUAAUAUUAUCAGGGAUAAUUUAUUACAGACUUUUGAGAAAAGUGACAAAAAAGUUUUUCGACUUGAUGAUGUUUUUAUUACGGGAAUCCUUGCAAAUGCUUCUAAUAUAAAUCACAGAAAUAUUGGAUCUGUGAUAUCCACAUAUUCAGGCUGGCCCAUUGAUCUUCUAGUUUCACAGGAAAUUUGGUUUGGUCAUUUCUAUCCAAUCAAUGAAGAAACUGAUAAAGCAAGAUAUUGGGCAGGAAGGAUGCUGACCCUAUAAAGGGAUUGUUUGCAUAAUUUCAAGUUAUCUUUCGUUUAAAGAGCUAAUUACUAUUGCUCAAACCACGUUAUAUCCAGGUUUACUUAAAUAGGCUCUUUAACAGACAUCCUAAAUAGAAUACCAAAUAUGCCUUAAUUGAUCAAAUAAAUAUAAA